UGGUCCCUCCUAUAUUUCAAAUAUUCUUGCUAAACUACUGAACUUAGGUGAUAUUUUGAAGCCGUUUUCGUUUGACUAAUAACAUAUCAUUUUAAACUCAAAUAUAAACGAUUUUUGAAGCUUUUUUUUUAAUGAAAAUGUUCAGCUAGAGUUUCUCUUUCUAUAUUUGUGAGUUUCAAGCACAAUUUCAAUUCAUAUUGAUACGAUAACAAAGGAGUUACGAUAUUGAGUCUAUAAUUUUUCACAGGCAAAAAUUAACCGAUUUCAACAAACAUUUGUUUUCUCAAACGUAGUAGUGACAUUGAGGAAUCUGAUUUCAUAGUUGGAUAGAGCAUACUCGAGUACAUAUAGUCACAUAGACGUUCCUUCUGUCGAGAGUCUAAACUGAUAGAGAAUGAACAAACAACUGGACGCGAACAGGUGAGUCUAUAAUUUUUCACAGCACUGUAUAUUCGAUUUGUCUAUGCCACUUUAAGCGCAGAAGAAGGAAGACGAGAUAUAACGGGUGCGACAGAAUAAAUGCGCCUCUCAGUAUUUUGACAAUAUCUUUCUCCAAUUGUUACGUAUAUACUUGAAUCUUUUCUCAAAAAUAGCCCAUACAAUUCUCUACAAAAGCUUAAAGAAAAGAGAUCUUCCAACGAAUAGCUAUGGAAUUAUAUCUAAACAACUCUACAAUGCUCCAAAAUGGCCUACUUUCAAAGAACUUGUUUUUGUAUUAACGAUUUUGUGCUGCUUUUUUAUAGGAUCUAAAGAGACUGAAUAUGCCAUUUUGUAGCCGAUAAAAAGCUCUGUCCUUUCAAGGAAUACUUUUUUUGACAUACUUUAAAUUUAUCCUAACAAGAACUUUUCUUUGCUCUCCUCUGUUUGAGUUCUGAGAAUCUUCCAUUAAGGUUCAUCCCAAUUUUUAUUUUUUAUCUUGAAUGAAAAAUUAUUUCAUACUCAGAUUUAUUACUCAGUUGAAGAAAAAUGUUUUCUCUAACAUUUCUAUAUGAGCAGCACGUUGCGAAGUGUUUUUUCUGCAAUGCUCAAAGCGUAUAAGGAGAAUGAUCGAUGAUUCCAACGCGUUUUUCAAGAAGAUGGGCCGCUGGAAUGCCAUAAUAAUAUCCGAAUCUCUUCUUUUGAGUUCUAUUAGAGAGAGUACACCUGAAGACAGGGAAAAAUUGCACUAGAAUAGGGUCUUGUAUCUCUUUUGCUUGAAGAAGUGAAAUCAUUAGUCUUAUAAAAAUGCGCUUUUGAAAGUAGGCCAUUUUGGAGCAUUGUAGAGUUGUUCAGAUAUAAUUCCAUAGCUAUUCGUUGGAAGAUCUCUUUUCAUAAGCUUUUGUAGAGAAUUGCACGGGCUAUCUUUUGAGAAAAGAUUCAAGUAUAUAUGUCAUAAUUUGAGAGAGAUAUUGUCAAAAUACUGAGAGGCUCAUUUAUUCUGCCGUACCCAUUAUAGGCUCUGUAAACAUUAUUUCUUCUUGCGCUAAAUAUUAAAUGAUUUUUCGCUUUAGAUCUCAAAGUAUCGGAUUAUACUAUUGUGAAUGAUAGCAUUAUCCAUUUCGAACAGAAAUCGGAUCGUGGUGGCGGGAGUUCCAAUUUUGGCACUACAUUCGUCGAUUUAAAUGAUGAAAAAGGCAUAAACAGAGUAGAAUGGGUACUAAGUGCACCAAGAUGGCGUCAAGCAGCCAGAGGUUUCUGUUUAGAAGGUGUGUGCAAUAAUAAAACAUGUACGGCGCAUUGUGAGAAAGUAAUAUUGAAAAUAGGAUACAAAAAAUUCGAUAUGCUGUUGGAUGUGAAUGAAUCAACUUGCGCCUGUCCUAUCUGUCAUGAAUAUGUCGAACCAUUAACAUGUGCAUUUAAUAAUUGUUGGUGGAAAUGGACAGGUAUAAAACAAGAAAGUAAAGGCAAAGCACCAACGCAGUGUUCUGGUGAUUGGAGGUAUGCCGAUAAUGCUUAUCACUAUUUUGUGGAGCAAAUAAGUGGAAUAGUUACUUGGAAGCAAUUGAUAUUGGAGGUGAUAGAAAAGAAACCAUUUUAA